GUAUACAAGUCGGUAUAAAAUACAACAUUUUCUUUAUUAUCGUUAGCGUUUUCAGUUCAAUACACAAUCGAAUUCCUUUCUAAUGUUUGUUUCUAUUGUACGUGUUUUCUAACAACGUUUGCAUUGGAGUUUAAAAAAACGCCCUUCCUGUCUAAAUUACGAUAAAGAUCUAACGACAACAAGUGUUUGGUUUACAAUAACGUUGUGUAAUAUCUAUCACUUUCUACACAUUCAAACUGUGUACUACCUUUCCUGCGUAUAGUCCUCAACUGUUUGUUUUUGAUAGUGUCUUGAGUGCUGAAGCAGCAACUGGCAGUUGAAAAGAAGACCAAAGGAUCAACAUUAUGGCAUUUUUAGGGUUAACAUCAACCACUAUACAUAUCGUGGCAUACUUAGCUAUUACUUUCACCGCCGUCCUGUUGAGAGCUACGGAGCACACAGACUGGAGAUUGAGAAACAUAGAACAGCAGAAGACAGAAGCACAACUUAGAAACACAUUAAUCGCGAUAGAAAAGACACUGGAUUUCAUGGAAGAAUCUCUGUCGAGGAUCAACCUUGAUGGCAUUUUUGGGAUACGCUUAGUUGGCGAUCAGGUCCAGGUAUUGCUUCAUCACCUACGAAAGCCACUGGAAGGUGAUCAUUCCCUUCGAUUCUUUACGAGCAAACUUCAGCACAUUCAAAAAAGAGGAGAACGUAUUUCCGACUUGGCCAUGUACUACGUGAAAAAGCUACAGCCAGUUUAUUUCAGGAAGUUAGGAAAAAUGUUGAGGAAGGGACGGUGGAGAUUAGACUACCCUAUUCGUUACACCACAACAAAACUGAGAGAAAUUCCUGUAUCUCCUACAGUUUACUUUUCUGAAUAUCAGUCAGACAAGUGUAUUCAGGAACUACUAAGAUCCAAGUAAGUAUUGACUUUCAGGACACG